AUGUCAGGUCGGGUUGUGUUGGCCGGGUUGUGCUUUCCUAGUUGUGCCAGGUCGGGUUGUGCUAGCCGGGUUGGUUGGCCUAGUUAUGCCAGACCGGGUUGUGCUGGCCGGGUUGGUUGGUGGAACUACUACUGGAUGUACGGUUUGCCUCUAUACAACUAUCAACAACCUAAACAAGACCAGAGCAACAUAGGCUUUGGCGUCUCGUUGAAGGAGGCUUUGAUCUCUCACUUCUGUUUUCCACAAGAUCUCAUUAUCAUUAUCAUUGUGCCACCAGGAUCGAGAUCGGCCGCCGUUCACAUCCUCUACGCCACGAACAACAUCUUUCACCUUAGAGUCUCGACGCUACAGUGUAAGUCAUCCGCGACCUCGCCCAAGCCGGGGAUCGGUGAGUCCCAUCGAGCCGGCGAAGCGGCGAAAAAUCACAGCGAAUGGAGGGGAAGGACUCGCCUCCAGGUUGAAAGCCAGUCGUUUGGGUUUUUCUUCAAAUUGGCAAUGGAACUCCCCAUGAUUCAAACCCCUGAACCAGAUCGGAUACACCCAAUGCAAAUUCGCUCGAUUAUAUAG